GAUCAGCUGAAGAACCUCCAGAGAGACUACAAGCAUGUUAAUGAAGAAGCUCUCCAGCUGCAGAGAGAUCAUCAGCAGACAACGGACCUGGACAACAGCAUCUAUAUGAACCUGCCGCCCGAUGAGAACAAGGUGUUGAUAAUUCAACGGGCUUGGCGUGACUUUCUGCAACGACAGGAAGUGGAGAAACGGAGCCCCUCCCCACCUUCGCUCUCCUCCUCGGACAAGAUGAGCAUGUCGAUCAGCAUGAUGACACUGUCAGACGGCAGCACUCCUGUAAGUCAACAUCCUCCAUUACAAACAUGGGGCAUGCGGGCAGCGUGA